AAGCAGAUGGUGGCGUUGAUGAAUAAAUAUAUGCUUCAAAGUGUUGAACAUGCAAUGCAACAAAUCAGGCUUUAUCACUCUUCUGUCUUCUCCUAGAGAGAGAGAAGAGAGAGAAAUAUUUUCCACAGUUUCAAAGUUAAGCCGUUGGUGAGCUCUACUGAAUCUUUAAAUAUGGAAUCCAUGCUAAUUGGACCUUUCCAGAGACCUUUUCCCUUCGCAGCUGAGUUAUGCUCGCUUCAUAGUGCAGGGAAUGAUUUAAAAUGCAAAGCUUUCAGCAGUGUGGGAAGGCUCUAUGCCCUGCCGGAGAGAUUAUGUGUCCGGAGGAAAAAUUUGAUGCACCAACCUGUCAAAAAUAUCAUCCAAAGAAGAAUUACAAUAAAUCCAAAGCAUGACUCAAAGUAUGUAGUAAACUCAGCUUCAGGGCAUCAACUUGAAUCUGAGCCUUCCAAGAACCCUUUGGAUCAAGUGAAACAAGCGUUUGAUGCUUUCUACAGGUUUUCACGGCCUCAUACGGUUAUAGGAACAGCACUGAGCAUCGUUUCAGUUUCUCUCCUUGCGGUUGAGAAACUAUCAGAUUUUUCUCCAUUAUUUUUUGCUGGCUUGCUGGAGGCUAUUGUUGCUGCUCUGUUGAUGAAUAUUUAUAUUGUUGGAUUAAAUCAAAUAUCUGAUAUAGAAAUCGACAAGGUAAACAAACCAUACCUUCCGUUGGCAUCUGGAGAAUAUUCGGUCAAAACUGGUUUAAUGAUUGUAUCAUCCUUUGGCAUCUUGAGCUUUUGGCUUGGAUGGGUUGUUGGUUCGUGGCCUUUAUUUUGGGCCCUCUUCAUCAGUUUCAUACUCGGAACUGCGUAUUCUAUUGAUGUACCACUUUUGAGAUGGAAAAGAUUCGCUGUAGUUGCAGCUAUGUGCAUCUUCGCUGUGCGAGCAGUGAUCGUGCAAAUAGCUUUCUAUUUGCACAUCCAGACCUAUGUGUUUGGACGACCAGGCAUCCUCACAAAGCCUGUGAUUUUUGCAACUGCAUUCAUGAGCUUCUUUUCUGUCGUCAUUGCGCUCUUUAAGGAUAUACCCGAUAUUGUUGGGGACAAGAUAUACGGAAUUCAAUCAUUUACAGUCCGACUGGGCCAAGAGAAGGUUUUCUGGAUUUGCAUUUCACUUCUUGAAAUGGCAUAUGCUGUUGCAUUGUUUGUCGGAGUUACAUCUUCUUGCACAUGGAGCAAGUGGGCCACGGUCAUUGGCCAUACCGCGUUGGGUUAUCUUCUGUGGAGUCGUGCAAAAUCCAUCGAUUUCAAGAGCAAGGCAGCAAUAACAUCUUUUUAUAUGUUCAUAUGGAAGCUCUUUUAUGCCGAGUAUCUGCUCAUUCCUCUGAUCCGGUGAUCUCGGUUUAAAACGAUGACAGAGUGCGACGGCCGACACUUUUCAUCUAUCAAUGCCCGGAGGUAUUCGGCUUCGUCGGGGUCGGUACACUUCUUGAGGGCCUUGUGCGUCUCCAACAACGUCCUCGCCAUCGACGCUGUCGCCAACGACGAAUACACUUCGGCUGCCUGGGGCGGGAGCAUUUCCGGGAGCGGAGGUGGGGUUGCAGCGGUCGAGGAUGAGGUCGCGGCCGCCUUCCCUUUGGCCUUCGCAGCCUUGACGCCGGGAGGACGUCGGGAGGACAUCGGUGUGCCGGAACCGCUGUCGUCCACGUACAACCGGUUGA